GUAUGCCAUUGUCAGUGCUAACGUAGAUGUGCGAUUUGUAUGAUCGAAUUUCAAUUUAUUUUCAUCCUGUGGGUAAAUUCCAUGAAUUUAUAACGUUAUCAAUCGAACGUGGUUAACGACUGAUAUAUCAGCAGAUUCAAAAGUUUCUUCUCGUAACAAUGGACUCGGAAUAAAGCCGAUGGCUGAGAGGUGAGCGAGUUUCGGCUUCUUUCACGCUGUACGCUGCCGAUAGGAGGAUCACAGUGUGCGAAAGAAAUUGUUUUCCUUCGUCAACAAUUGAACAAAGUAUUCGAAAAGCGUUUCAAAUUAUUCGACGAUAAUACACGCACCUUAUAACAUAACGCACCGGCUGAACAUUACGGUUUUUACGAUGUUUAGCAUACGAUCCGUUGAUUUGUUUCAAUCGCUUUUUGACUUAAGAUCUGCAGUCUCGGCACAGAAACAAAGACUGUUCAAUAGCUUUUGGAUGUCUAAAUAUGCCAGGCUGUGCAGCAGUUGGCUGCAACAAUCGUAGUGAAAAAGGUUAUAUUAUGAAAUGUUUUCCACGUGACCCAAAGUUGAGGAAAAUUUGGCAAGAACGCGUGGCUAGAGCCGACUGGGAACCAUCUAACAAUUCAUUCCUUUGUCAUGUACAUUUCGAGCCUCAGGAAUGGUCCAUAACGCAAAGUGGAAGAAUUAGGUUAAGAAAAAACGCUAUCCCUUCUAUAUUUACGAUAACAUCUACAAGAAAGUCUCCCAAGAAAAGGACUAGGAUAAUUGGUAUCAAAGAAGAAAAUUCAUCUCAAAACGAAUACAGCACCGAAUAUGUGGAAAAUAGUACUAAACAUUCAUCCACGGAACAUUUAGAAGAAAAGGACUCGGAUUUUCAAGAUCUUUGCGAACCAUUCAUUCAGUUUGUUGGAAAUAAGUUUAGAUAUGUUCGUAAGUACGUAGGAGAAGACGACGAGAAAGAAAGCGUUAAUUCCGAUCUUCAAGAAGAAAGUAUUAUUAUGAUUGCCGAGGAUAAUGUCAUAGACAUUAGCAGCUCUGCGAAAUAUGAUAAUCUUGAAGCACGAUUGAAUAAUAGUAAGAAAGAAACUGGAUUAUCUUUAAUGAUCGAUAAUCCGGAAGCUAUAUUAUCAAGUGCCAUUGUGAAAGAAGAAAUUAAACUAGAAGUUAUGGAUCAUAAUGCAUUUGAGGAUAGUUACGAUGAAAUUGAGGAGAAGCUGAAACAGAUUUGCGAUGGUGGGUCUACAGAAGAUGAAAGUUAUAAUAACGAAGGGAGAAGAAAGUUGACAAUUAAAAGUCGCAAGCAAGGUGUACAAAUGAUAGAUAGAAAUGGUGAUAUUAAUAAUGGUAAAUGUAAAGUUGCUCUUUCUGUUAAUACAAAUCAUAAUUUUCCGGGAAGAAAUGAAUUUGGACAUACGCUUAUGGACAAAGAAGAAAAUGUUGAAAUAAUUUUUGGUAUAGAAAGCGGAGAUGAAAAGAUAUCUGUAGCUCAAAUUACAUCAAAAAUUAAUAAAGUAGACGAUAAUGCCUUGAGAUACGACGAAAUAAUAUCUAUUAAAGAUGAAAAAAAGAUUUUUAACGAAGAUAUAGAAGAAAAUUUUACUAAAGAUGAAGUACAUGUUAUACCAAAUAUAAGAGCAGCUAUGAAACGUAAAAGAAGAACCAGAGAAGAAAUAAUGAAGUCGAUAAAAAAGUCGAUUAGAAGCACCUCUGAUCAAGAUGUUAAUUCGUCGACUAAUAACGACUUGUCGGAUAGUAUAGAGCAAGAAACGACGAUAAAAGAUGAGUUGUCAAUGUUUUCACGAGAGAUGAGCGAUAUUAAUAAAAGAAAUAAUUCAAAAAUGGAAGUAGCGAAGUUUGUAAUAAAAGUAACCGGUGAUCCCGAUGAUGUGACCGAAAUUAUCGAAGAGUUAUCAACUAAUACGAUAGAAACACAAGUAUCUCAAAAAUUUACCCCUGUUUGCAAGAAUGAAGAAAAUAAUGCGUUCAUUACGUCUGUUAUAACAGUACUGUCACCUAAAAACCAGAGAGAAAUAACUUACAGCGAUUUUAGUAGUCCAUUAACAAGAGAUGACUACGCAACUUCCACAAAGAAAGAUUUAUAUUGUUCUCCUUCUAAGGAUAGAGAAUUUGUAAAUUUAGAUUUCACUCAUAAUUCGAAAAACUGUCGCUCUUCGUCUCUUCGGCGUACUUGCUCCGACGAAGAGAACAAAAAUCAGACAAAGACUAAUUCUGUAUUACAGAAUAGUAUGUACACUGCUCAAACUACCAUAGAAAAUAAUACUAAAUGUUCUGUUUCACCUGAUUACGAGGAUCUACUGGAGAGAAUACAAAUUCAAGAAGAUGUAAUUGGAAAAUUAACCGAUCAGUUGAUUAUUUAUAAAGAGUUGGAAAACAGUUUGAGAAAUAAAGAUGUUGGCCACGACGUACAAAUCAGAGAAGUAGAAACAACUCCAAAAAUUUAUACAAGAUCGAAUAAUUCACAAGCUUUAGCUGUUACAAAAAAGAUAUUGGAAUCUAAACAAAGGUUAAUAGAAGAUUUAUCGAAUAGGGUGAAUUAUUUUGAAGAAAUGAAUAAGAAAUUAAUGAAAACUGUCACAUUGGAGUCACAGCAGAAGAGGAAACUCGAAGGACAAAUUAAGCAAAAGGAUAAUCGAAUUAAGGAACUCAACUGGAAAUUGGAGAAGGCUUCCAAAUACCUAGAAAGGGCUGAGAAAAACACAAACACAUACAGAAGGAAAAUGUUAAAUAUGCAAACUAUUAUGAGGAGGAGAAAACUUUUAGACGAAAAAAUGAACAAAUUCAAUGAAAUAUUAAUCGAUAAUUCCAGACAAGAGUUUUCAGAGAAGGCUUUAGCUAUGGCAGCAGAUAUUAGAAAAACUUGUGGAAGAAACGGAUACGAUAAGUUACUUUCUUACGGGAUUCCAUUACCACCGUUACCAGCUUUGUGUAAAGGAGUUUUCAAAGAAGAUUACACAGAUAAUAAUAAAAGUGAUACAGAUAAAGUGCAAAAUUCUACUUCAAAAUUAAAUAUCAAAACAGAAAAGAUGCAAGAUACAAAUAACGAAUCUGAAACGGAUGAAAAAGAUUCGGAGCUACCUGACGCGAUUGCUAAAACAUGCGAAUACGAUGGCGCGGAAACCGUAACAGGAACUGUGCAAGACAUUUUCGAUGAAAACAAUGAUGGUGAUGAUUUUAGUACAAAUGAAUUAAGAGAACAUUUCAUUCUGCAGUUGAAUGCAGUUAUGUAGCCACGGUUCUAUAGUUUAGAGCCCUUUCUUUUUUACCACAUUCAAACUAGGAAAUGUAAUAUUAAAAUCGUAAAUGCUUAGACAGGUUUCCUUCUGUAUCAUUGUACAAUAUCCAUUGUGCACUUACAAUUAUAUUUAUUGUAUAAUACCAUUUCACGCUCUCACUUCCGAUGUAAAUAUAUGUAUAAACAUUA